AUGGAAAGAUGUUCAUCCUCAGCCAAGCUCAGAACCAGUUUCAGAACAGGCAGAACAAUCCGCAAGCUGCUUCAACAGCCAGAUGAACUAAAGGGAAUGAUGCAACAACCUUUGCAAGGUCAGCAGAUUCAAGGAAAAGCACUGAACCAGAUCACAACCGAGAUCAACACUCGCAUGGACAACAUGUUCACGGAAUUAAAUUCCAAAUAUGAUGCUGUAGCAAGCCACAUAAGGAAGAUGGAUGUCCAGAUUGCUCAAACUCCUGAAACAAUCAAGAGGCAACAGGGAACACUCCCUGGGAAAACAGACAAGAACCCCAAGGAUUGUAACGCAGUCGAGCUGAAAAGUGAAAGACAUCUCUCUGAUCCUGUCUCCAAAAAGCUCACUGCUAAAGAGAAUGGAAAACAGAAAGAGGGAGAACAACCUCUACUUGAGGAUGUCCUAGACGACGAACAAGACGUAGAACAGCCAACCGUCAUAGAACCUGUAGCUCCUACGACGCAAGAGCAGCCUGUUCCUACUCGCUUCUACAUUCCAGAAGUUCCCUACCCAGUCCCUGCUAAGAAAUCACGCAAGGAUUGCGAAGAGAUGAAGUGCAAGAAGAUGCUAGAGGAGUUGAAUGUCAAGCUAUCUCUUAAGGACGCAAUUCAGAUGAUUCCUUCAAUGCCCAGUCUUGUGAAGGGGCUAAAUAUCUGGGAAGACCUUUGCAGACAGCGAUAUCAUGAUGGUCUCAAAAGAAUGCAGUGCAGUUCCAGUGUGAAUCUCAUACCCUACUCAGUUCCAAAACGUAUGGGACUAACCAACAUCGAGCCAACCAGGAUUUCGUUGGUGUUCGCGGACAGAUCGGUCAAGUUGCCAGUAGGUGUUCUCGAAGACCUGCAAGUUCAAAUGGGCAACACCACUGUUCCGGUGGAUUUCGGGGUUCCGGAGCUUGAAGAUGAACCAAAAGACCUUCCCAUUCUGGGCCGACCCUUCUUAUGCACAGCUGAUGCAAUCAUUGAUGUGCGUAAUGGGAGGAUCGAUCUCCAACUAGGAGAUAUUAUGAUGAAGUUUGAGAUGGACGAGUUGCUCAAACGACCUAUGUAA